CUAGAAACGGGCUAGGCCCAACCGUCUCAGUUGACGGCAUCAGCCACACUCCAGCGGCGGAAAAACCUUUUUGGCGAUAAUCAUCGAUAAUCGCAAGGAAGGAGAAAGAUCCAUUGAUGCUACGCCAGAAUUUACAGGAAGAGACGGCUAAAGAUCUGUAUGAAAGUCGACCUGCUGAUAAGACAAGAAACUUCAGCAAUUGAAGGACUGGACAGUUGAUACAAUGGGAGAAGUGGUACUGCAUUGGUGUUUUUACUCUCAUGUUUUGUUGAAGGUCUUCUUCUGGUUCUUAUUUUGUGGUUUCACAGAAUUUCAUACAGGAGGGGGACGUGCAAUUAGACACUACAAAGGCUAGAUUUUUGAAUGUCCUUAAGAGGCAUGAAGAAUUAGCACACCGCCUUUCAAGGGAUUCUGAUAAAAUGGUCUUUCAACGUCUACAAAGGGAGUUUGAAGCUGCAUGUUCUGCGCAAACCCAAGAGGUUAUAUUAACUGGUGAACAAUGGAAUGAUGGGUUACUAGCUACAAUAAGGGAGGCGGUUCAUAUGGAGGCAGAACGAAAGGCAGCGGAAGAUGAUGCAGACACGAUGCACAAUAUUCAUCCAUUUGAAAAGAUUACUUACAAAGUUGAGAAUAAGGUUAUUUGUUGUCUCCAAGGAGCAAGGAUUGGCAUACAAUUUGAGACAUCAUAUGCUGGAGAACCAUGUGAAAUCUAUCAUUGUAUUCUUGAGAGUAAGUCAUUCCUAGAAAAGAUGACCGUUCUUGAGCACACGGUUCCUUUUUGUUUGCCAAUUCGUGAGGCAGAGAAUGAUCUGCUUUCUUCUAAUGCAAUGAAAUUUAUUGACCACGUUGGUGAUCUAUUGCAAGCCUAUGUUGACAGAAGACAACAGGUACGACUUACAAAGGAGUUGUAUGGAAAUCAAAUCAAAGAGCUAUAUUACAGUCUUCCAUACCACAUGAUCGAGUUCAUGCUAGAUGACUAUGACUGCAAAAUUAUAGUCAAUCUCAGAUACGCCAAUCUUGUCUCUGUUCUUCCAACUAGAGUUAGCGUCUUGGCCUGGCCAAUGCAGGAAUCCCAAUCAAGCAAUUCUAUCCCAAUUCGUCUAUCUUAUGCUGAGGAUGCAUUACAAACAAUGAGCUUACCAGAAGCUUAUGCAGAGAUUGUCUUGAACCUUCCUCAAGAGCUUAAACAAAUAUAUGGAAACAAGGACUCCGAUUAGCCUCUUAAUUCCUACGAUAACCUAACCGACAAAGGAAGUUACCACGAAUUCCACCGAUAUGGUUCCGGCUUCAACUUAAGGCGUUUUUAGUAGGAAUCGAAUUAUUUGAUUUUGUGUUCUUUGUAUUGUGAUGAUAGUUUUCUUAUUGAACUACACUGAGACUUUUUAUUUGUUAAAUAGUCAAUGGAAAUUACCCCCAAAAGUAUAAGAUAGUUAGGUUUGUUUGA